AUGAGUGUGCAUGAGCUGUGCGUAUUUGUGUUCGGGGCUCGGCAAAGUUCUUGGGAAGGCUUGAUUCAGCAAACCUGGGCCACGGAGAGGACGGUCUUUGUUCACCUCAGAGGGCACAGGGGCGGGAACACGGGACACGCAGGAGCCAUCUCAGACAUUGAAGACUACGAAGAAGGCUGUUCCAAUGAUUCCAAUUGUUCCAGGAGGCCAGGUGGGCUCGGUUUGUGGCUCCACCUGGACCCGACACUGGGCUUGAACGAUGAUCGCCCCCACUUCCGGGCGCUGAGCCUCUGGUCUGCGCUGCGUGAGAAGCUGCUGCUGGCGCACUCCAACCGAUCCUCCGGCUCCCUCACUCCCUGGCUAGAGAGCUGCUACUGGCUCAUGCAUGUGGAUGGGACAAGCUAUGUCAAUGUCAAACGAGUCGCGCAGAGGUUGAGCUGCGUUAAGGGCCUGCGCCCGGAGUACUAUGGCGUGAGCCCCAUGAUUGGAGAAGCGCGAGUUGCUCUGGCAGAUGAAGCUACUGGCUACAUCCUCAGUCGACAGUUAUUGCUGAGUUUGCCGUCUGAAUGGAUCAUGAAGUGUGCAGACUACUACUCCGGCAGCGAUGAUGCUUACGGCUUUGGAUGGAAUUGGCCCUCAGGAUUCUACAUGUCACUCUGUUUGUGGCAGCAGCAGCGUUUGAUGUUGCAGCGCCUGGGCGACCCUGAGCAGGAGGUGCUGAUGCAUGCGCUCCCAGACGAGCCACGCAGCUCCACCAUCCAUCGACUUCGCAAGUUGCAUCCUUCAGGGCACUGUGUUCUGGUCGUCGCGGCAAAGACCACUGCGAACCUGUUGGAGAUUCACCGCCGCGUGCGUUUGUUGGGUCCCCUGGAGGAUCCUGCACGUGACAUCGUUCGAAACGAGGUAGGGUGUUUCGUGCAAUCCCUGGCGGAGCCUCUGGCUUUAGCACCGCCAUGGAGCUACCGAGUUGCCCGAAGCAUAGCCCGAUGCCCAUUGAAGGUGGCCGUCUCACAAACAGAGCUGGGGCUCUCGGUGCUAAAGCAUGAGCUCUUGGCGCCUUCUCAACCGACAGGUCCUGCUGCGGAGAGGUUGCGUGCUGGUCGCGGGCGCAGGCUGCUGUGCAUCCUGAUGCCGGCCACAGAUGCCACUCCCAAGCAGGUGGACCGUGCAGUGUCUGCCGUCCAAACGUGGGCCAAGCCCUACCUUUUCUCAGAGUCGGAUAAGGAAUCUCCGGGGCCUGUCCUUGCGCUUCUCUACAGCCGCCGCCCCCUUUUUGCAAGCUGGGCCAAUGCCACCUUGUCAUUGAGGGGAGAUGUGGACAUCCGACACCCCAAGUUCAAUGCCCUGCGCUUCAUCUACAUGUGGCUGACCCUUGCGCUGUACCACUCAUCUGACUGCAAGUUCUUCAUGAAGGCGGACAUGGAUGCUUAUGUGCACGUGCCAAGACUGUUGGAGACCCUUCGUGAGGCAAAUGCUUCGGCAAGCAUUUACGCAGGGCAGGUGACCCUAGCACAUGGCCCAGCGUAUGAGAAGUGGACCGAAUUCGCGCACGGGCUCGGUUAUGUUCUGAGCCGCAAGGCUCUGCAAAGCGCAGUGCCUGGCCUCAGGCGUUGCAUGAAGCAGCUCCUGGAUGUCCGGCUUGAGGCAAUCGAGGAUAUGCUUCUGGCGGCUUGCCUGCGACAUGCCCGUAUCUAUCCUGUUGACUUGGGCCCGAUCAUCUAUGAUUUCAAGCUUUCCAGCGAUUAUGUUGACAGGGUUGUGAGAGAAGCCCUUGUGGCACACCGUGUGGAAGAGAAGGAGAUGUAUCUGCUGCAUGAUGCAGCCAUCCGGAUCAGCCGUUGGUGGCGCUGGGCCCUCGGGCGGCGGCGACUGCCUGAGCAGCUUCGAAAAGCGAGGUUGCUGUGGCGCAGUUGUGAGAAAAUUCAGACAGCCUGGAGAUCGAGACUGAAGGCUUGGGCUGGAUGGCCGGAAGCUGGAGCUGGAAGAACAGCUCCAGUGCAGGCGACUUCUCUCAGGGAAGCCUCGCCAGCUGCAAGCAGGCUCGAAGGCACUCUGCCUCCACAUGACUGCGCAGGUGACCCCGGUGAGGGUGUGACCUCCGUGCAUCUGUGCAACAUUGGUGCUGAGCCCCAAAGCCGGGUGGCGGCGCUGUGGCAGGGCUGCAAGCUCAGGCGCGCCCUGGCAACACGAGUGGUACAAGCAAAGCUGCAACUCAGGCGCGACCUUUAUUGGUUGAUCGUCGAUGUUGAGUCACGCCAUCCGCCCAAAGUGCAAACGCAGGACCCCCAUGUCGGUCCUUGGCUGGAUGUGCUCUACGCUGGUCUGACCAAACUUCAGAGCGAGGUCUUGGCCGAACUGGCUGCCGCUCUCCGCGUCCCCCGCCUCCCUAUGGGUAGGCCUGCAUUUCGUGGCUGGCCAAAGGACUUGCGACGCCUGCCCCGUCUAGCGACCAGGCCGCUGCAUGACAUCAACGAGCCGAGUGUGGUGAUGAAGGCCAGCGCUGUGGAGUUUACGCCUCGCCGCUGUCUGCCUGGCCACCGGACACCUCCGAAGGACUGGUCCAAGGUGGCUCCGAGGGUUUGCUGCUGGGACAAGUCGGAGAAGGGCCAAGCCAUGAAAGUUGGUGGAAGUCGCAGUGGUGCGAGCACGCCAACAGGUGCUCGACGACCAAUGCCAGGUGCGGCAAAGACUCCAGAGGCCGAAGCGACGAAGCGGAUGAUGCUGUGGUUGGCCCUCCUUCCUCUCGUGGCUGCGUUCGACGAGACCUGCAUGCUGCAGCAGAGAUCCGCGAACAUCGAGUUGGUUGCAGAAAUCGCUGACCUUCCAGAUUGCAGCGCUCCAGCAGCCGUCGAGAGCUUCUGCCAGAAGGAGGUGCAUCGCGGUGCUUCAGCCAAGGGUUCUACCUGCUCGUUCUCUUGUGGCGUUGAUGGCUCGGUUUUGGACCUGGUCCACGACACCGGAACGCAGUCGGAGCAUGCGCUUGCACCAAAGGAGGGGAAGACCGGGAUGCUUCAGAACUCCUGGAAUGACGAGCACUUGAUCCUGGACGAAUACUUCGCCCUUCCGCAUGUGAACUGCUACAUGUGGAAUGGUGCAUCGAACAGUGGCAUGGAGAGCCAGCAGGGUGUUCGGGGGUCCGCGAUCUCCUGCGGCCACAAUUGCUACAACACCCCAGGCUGUAUGGGCUAUGUCCACUUCGAUGCACAUGGAGGGCAGUGCUGGUUGCUUUCGUGGAUCACGAGAUACCCAAUCUCAGAAUGUGAGAUUGGUCAAGAGGGAACGGAAAGCUGGCAGUUUACUGUCUACGUCAGGCAUCGCGGCGUAGACAGCAUUCACGUUCCCCCACCCUCGGCCAGGGACACGCUCGACCUUUACUUUGCCCUCCCUCACUUGAACUGCUAUCCGAGCCACGGUGGUUCGAACGACGGCCUUGAGGACUACCAGGGCAUCUCAGGCGAUGCCAUGUCGUGUGCAAGCACCUGCUUCGACAGGGAACGCUGCCGGGGCUAUGUCCAUUUCGAUGCCCAUGGAGGCAUGUGCUGGAUGCUCUCAGGGAUCUCGGACGACCCCGUUGCAGAAUGCGAGUUCGGGCAGAGUGGCGAGGAAAGCUGGCAGUUUACGACCUAUGUCAAGUAG